UUGUAAUUCAUUCCCUUUACUGUUAGUUAUCUUGACAAUUCUUUUCAGGUGUCAGGUACCAUAGUUGACAAAUCUGGAAGAACUCUUUCUGGUCAGACAGGCGAUGCUUUUGUUAUCAGCAUCUCUCAUGCACAGCCUAUGUGCAUCGGUUUGAAUUGUGCCCUUGGAGCUGUAGAGAUGCGUCCAUUUAUUGAAAAUAUUGGCUUGAAUACAAAAUCUUUUGUGAUAUGUUACCCCAAUGCUGGCCUACCAAAUACAUUUGGAGAAUAUGAUGAAACACCAGAGACUACAGCAAAUCACAUUAAAGAAUUUGCUUUAGAUGGACUGGUUAAUGUGGUUGGAGGGUGUUGUGGUACUACUCCUGAUCAUAUAAGAGCAAUUGCUGACACUGUAGCAACAAUCAAGCCCCGAGUUCCUCCACAGGAUUUAUAUGAGGGAGUGCAGUUGCUGUGUGGUUUGGAACCUACACGGAUCACUACCAACACAAAUUUUGUUAAUAUUGGUGAGAGAUGCAAUGUGGCAGGCUCAAGAAAAUUCUGUCGUCUAAUAAAGGAUGGAAAUUAUGAAGAAGCUCUUGCUAUUGCAAAAAUGCAGGUGGAAAAUGGAGCUCAAAUUUUAGACGUAAAUAUGGACGAAGGGCUGCUUGAUGGCAAGGCAGCAAUGACACGUUUUCUGAAUUUAGUAGCAACAGAACCUGAUAUCUGUAAAGUCCCAAUCUGUAUAGAUUCUUCCAACUUUGAGGUAAUUGAAGCUGGUUUAAAGGUCACCCAGGGUAAAUGUAUUGUGAAUUCGAUAUCCCUAAAGGAAGGAGAAGAUGACUUCCUUCAAAAAGCUCGUAAGAUAAAGAAAUAUGGUGCUGCAGUGGUUAUCAUGGCUUUUGAUGAAAAAGGUCAGGCUGUGGACAGUGAAAAUAAAAUCAAGAUAUGUCAGAGGUCUUACAAGUUGCUCACUGAAAAAGUUGGAUUCAAUUGCAACGACAUCAUCUUUGAUCCAAACAUUUUAACGAUAGCUACAGGUAUUGAAGAGCACAAUACUUAUGGUAUCAGUUUUAUAGAAGCUACUAAAGUUAUAAAGGCUACUUGUCCUGGUGCAAGAGUCAGCGGAGGUGUAAGUAAUUUUUCUUUUUCUUUCCGUGGGAAAGAAACAAUACGUGAAGCUAUGCAUUCAGUAUUUUUAUAUCAUGCCAUUAAAGCUGGUAUGGACAUGGGUAUUGUGAAUGCAGGCUGUUUACCUCUCUAUGAUGACAUUGAGAGGGAACUUCUAGAACUUGCCGAAGCAUUAUUAUGGAACACAGAUCCAGAGGGUACAGAAAAGCUACUGGCCUAUGCUGAAAAGAAUACUACCCAAACAAAGAGUGAUAAUCUCGUUGACGACUGGAGGUUAAAGAGUGUAGAGGAACGGUUAAAACAUUCACUUGUGAAAGGUAUAGAUAAAUUCAUUGAAAUGGACACAGAAGAGGCAAGAGCUAAUACCGAAAAAUAUCCUAGACCAUUAAAUGUUAUUGAAGGCCCAUUAAUGAACGGUAUGAGUGUCGUUGGAGACCUUUUUGGCAGCGGUAAAAUGUUCCUUCCUCAAGUUAUUAAAUCAGCACGAGUAAUGAAGAAGGCGGUUGGGUAUUUAAUUCCAUUUAUGGAAGAAGAACGUCAAAGAAAACUGAAAGAAUCAGGAAGCAUUGCUUUGGAAAGUGAGAGGUAUAAUGGUACGAUUGUUCUAGCAACUGUUAAAGGCGAUGUUCAUGAUAUUGGUAAAAAUAUUGUGGGUGUCGUCCUUGGAUGCAAUAACUAUCGAGUUAUAGAUCUGGGUGUGAUGUGUUCUUGUGAUAAGAUUUUGGAGUGUGCUAUUGCUGAAAAGGCAGACAUUAUUGGACUCUCUGGACUUAUAACGCCAUCCCUCGAUGAAAUGAUAUUUGUUGCUAAGGAAAUGGAGAGAUUAGGACUGCAGGUUCCUCUUUUGAUUGGGGGAGCAACAACAUCCAGAACCCACACAGCAGUAAAGAUUGCCCCUCGAUAUAAGCAUCCUGUUGUCCAUGUUAUUGAUGCAUCCAAAAGUGUAGUUGUGUGUUCAUCUCUAAUGGACAAGACUGUGUAUGACGAUUAUAUUGAUGAGCUCAAUGAAGAUUAUGAAGGGAUAAGAGAGGAACAUUAUGAGAAUCUUCGGGAAAAGAAGUUUGUAAGCUUAUCAGAGGCUAGGGAAAAGAAGUUCUCCAUAGAUUGGGCGAGUGAGCCUUUACCUGUACCACCAAAGUUAUUGGGAGUGAAGGCUUUCAAAGACUAUGAUCUAAAUCUUCUCGUGCCAUACAUCGACUGGAAACCAUUCUUUGAUGUAUGGCAACUCCGUGGAAAAUAUCCAAAUAGAGGUUAUCCCAAAAUUUUUAAAGAUGCUACUGUAGGGGGUGAAGCCAAACGUGUCUUUGAUGAUGCACAGAGACUCCUUUCUACUAUUAUCGCUGAAGGAACUUUAAAAGCACAUGGUAUUGUUGGGUUUUAUCCAGCUAAUGCUGUAGAUGAUGACAUUGAAGUUUACAGUGAUGAGUCAAGAUCGCAGAUUACUGCAAGACUACAUGGACUGAGGCAGCAGGCUGCCAAGGAAAGUCAUACUCCAUUUUGCUGCAUUUCGGAUUUCAUUGCUCCUAAAGAAACUGGAAUAAAGGACUACAUUGGAAUGUUUGCUGUUUCUGCUGGAUUUGGAACAGAGAAGCUGUGUAAUCAAUUUCAAGCAGAUUAUGAUGAUUAUAAUAUCAUCCUAGUCAAAGCAAUUGCUGACAGAUUAGCAGAAGCCUUUGCUGAGGAACUUCAUGAAAGAGUAAGGAAAGACUUGUGGGGCUAUGCCAGUGAGGAGUAUUUGGAAGCUAAUGAUCUACAUAGGGUUAAAUAUCAGGGCAUUCGUCCUGCACCUGGCUAUCCAAGCCAGCCUGACCACCAGGAGAAGAUUACUAUGUGGAACCUUAUGAAUGCUGAAGAGCUGACAGGUAUCGGGUUGACAGAGGCUCUAGCCAUGACCCCAGCAGCCUCUGUCUCAGGAUUAUAUUUUGCCAAUCCAAAGAGUUUUUACUUUGGUGUUGGUAAAAUUGAAAAAGAUCAGGUAAGUUUAGAUGGUGGCAUCAUUUAUGAUAACUUUUGCCACUAUCAGACAGUUAAAGUGGAUUGUAUUAUUACAAAGCACUAUAAUUCUGUGAUUCUUUAAAAUCCUUUGAAAACU